UUUCAACUUUUUGCAGAAGUUUCUCAAUGGAAUCUUUCUCUGCUGAGACCAAUUCAACUGACUUACCCUCACAGCCUUGGGAUGAACCCCAUGUGGUUGUCUCCAUGGUCCUUCUCAGUCUCACUUUUUUAUUGGGAUUGCCAGGCAAUGGGCUGGUAUUGUGGGUGGCUGGCCUGAAGAUGCAGCGGACGGUGAACACAGUUUGGUUCCUCCAUCUCACCCUGGCAGACUUUCUCUGCUGUCUCUCCUUGCCCUUCUCUCUGGCUCAUCUGGCUCUCCAGGGACACUGGCCCUACGGCUGGUUCCUGUGCAAGCUCAUCCCCUCCAUCAUCAUCCUCAACAUGUUUGCCAGCGUCUUCCUCCUUACUGCCAUUAGCCUGGACCGUUGUCUUUUGGUACUCAAGCCAAUCUGGUGCCAGAAUCAUCGCAGCGUGCGAACAGCUUUCAAUAUCUGUGGAUUUAUCUGGCUGGUGGCUUUUGUAAUGUGUAUUCCUGUGUUCGUGUACCGGGAAACACUCACUGUAGACAACCAAAAUAUAUGUGGCUACAGUUUCAAUCUCCCCAGCCCAUUAGAUUAUCCAGAAGACCCUUUUUAUCCAGAUCUACUGGAAAACAGGUCUCUUGACGACUCCAUUGUUCAGCAGCCUGGAGAAAUGGACGAUAGGUUAGAUCCUUCCUCUUUCCAAACAAAUGAUCAUCCUUGGACAGCCACCACUGUCCUCCAAUCUCAAACAUUUCAAAGACCUUCUGGAGAUCCACUCCCUGUGGAUUCUGCUACAUUAACUAGUCAACAUUUGUAUUAUAAUGUAUAUAAACCAGCUGAUGUGGGCUCACCUACAAUCUCCCAUGGGUUUCCCAUUGAAGGUCACAGAACUAACCCACCGGAUAACUCUGACGCUCUUCUCUCUACUGAUUCAGACCUUUUCCCUAGUGCUUCUAACAAUUCUUUAUACGAGUCUAAGUUAGCACAAGAUUUCCAGGAUUACAAUUUCAGCCAACUGACAUAUAACAAUCAUGUGUCAAAACCCAUGGUGGCGAUAACCAUCACUAGGCUAGUGGUGGGUUUCCUGCUGCCUUUUAUUUUCAUGGUGACCUGUUACAGUCUCAUUGUCUUCCGAAUGCAACAGGGUCGCUUCGCCAAGUCUCGGAACAAAACCUUUCGAGUGGCCGUGGUGGUGGUGGCUGUCUUUCUUGUCUGCUGGGCUCCUUACCACAUUGUUGGAGUCCUGUCAUUGUUUAUUGACCAAGAAACUCCCUUUGGGGAAGCUCUGAUGUCCUGGGACCAUGUGUCCAUUGCUCUAGCAUCUGCCAAUAGUUGCUUCAAUCCCUUCCUUUACGCCCUCUUGGGGAAAGAUUUUAGGAAGAAAGCAAGGCAGUCCAUUCAGGGCAUUCUGGAGGCAGCCUUCAAUGAGGAGGAGCUCACGCACUCUACCAGCUGUCCUGCAAACAAAGAGUUUUCGGAAAAAAACAGUAUCAGUACAACUGUGUGAAAAUAUGGAGCAGGCAACCUUAGCAGAUUUCUUAGGUUCCACUCAAUGCAUGUUUCCAAAAGGAUGAAGAAUAUGGUGAGCAGAGGACUUCAGAACCCACCAACGAAUCAAUCCAGUGGUUCUCAAGGUGUGGUCACAGGCUACUGACAUCAGCAUCACCUGGAAACUUGUUAGAUAUGCAAAUUCUCAAGUCCCAUCCCAGUCUUGCUGAAUCCAAAUCUCUGGGAGGUGGGGCCCAGCAAGUGUUUUAACAAGCCCUCUUGUUUCUGAUUAAUGCCAAAUUUGAGAGCCAUUGUAAAAAGCUAGUCUAUUUCUAUCACAAACUAAGCCACGUGAGAUAGAUGAGAAUCUAGUCUGUUUUCAAAUGUUUCCAUUAUAUA